AUCACAUUCCACGACACGGUACUUUACUGCAGUUUGCCAGAACACGAAAUCUCUCUCUAUGCUAUGUCUCUAGCCGUGAUCCAGAAUAUCAUGACACACACUAGAGCACGAUUAGGCCAGACACGCCCUUUAUGUGACCGUUACACCAUAGGCUAUCAGACGAGGCCGCCAACACUAACCAUUAAUGCUUAAAGUUUCUUUUUUUUAUUUUAAAAUUAUUUUUUAAAUAAAACUCAUAAUAACCGCGGGGCGUAGUGGGAGCUUUGCGUAAGUUUAGGAUAAGAAGAGAGCAAGAGUCGUUUCUCACUCAAUGUUAUGUUUAGCACUAGCAGCUGCUGUUUUUUCCAAGUUUGACUACCAGUACGUCUUUUGAUGACGCAAUGGGCUCUCCAAGAGAAUUGUGAACAAGCCAGAGGUAGAAGAUGGUCGCAAGAACAGGACAGAAAUAGAGUACCGUAUACAUGAUACAUAAAGGAGGUAGAGUAAGCUUAUACCAGCGAGUUUUUUUAAACAGUAUUCUGCUUAUUCAUUAAGGUGGUUAUUCGUAAAAAGAAUUCAAAGGUCCUUGGUACACACGGAUUACAAUUCAUUAUUCCAGCGCGAGCCUUCAAACACCCAGCCAGCGGACAGCUUCUGACACAGAUUUGUGCAUAGUUCUGUCGGCUGUUUGGAUUUUGCAACAGGUGGGAGAAAUCGUGCGGUUGUGGAGUGUGGAGGUGUUGGGCCAGAAAAGACAAUGCACUGGACGUUCUACUGACGGAGGAGACAGAAGUGGCGUCGUUGCUGUAGUUGCAGAGGGGUGGAGUGGACAUUGUGUCGUGAGGGAGAUGGACACAGAGUCGGGGUGACUCGGGACACUGACCUUCGGGAAACUGUGCCCACCAGGAAGUUCAUAACACGGUAUUCUAUAGUGGGGUUUGAGGCUCGCCCGCGGACACAAUGGGCUGUGUGAGCAGCAAAGCGGUGGUGACGUCAUCACACAGUGAUCUCACCAGUGUGACAAGUAAAGAUAACGGCAAACCCGCCCGCGGGUCGCGCACUGACAAAUCUGACCUCCCUGGGCCCAGCAGCUCGUCCCAGACGUUCGCCAACGGCACGGAAAGGUUCGCUGUGUUCGGCGAGAAGUACGACGACGUGCCGGGAGAGGCUGUGCACGGCGAGGGUGUGCAGAACGCCAAACCCAAACUUCCCCGCUCUGGCAUCGGCAGGGGAACCGCGUCCUACAACGACCCCAUCACUCCAGGUAUUGAAGGACGCGCCAUAGACGAUCUUGAUCUUUCCAGAAUCGAUAACGGAAGUUUCUUAAAUCUGUCUGGGUAUUCCCUGAGUUCUCUCAGUGACAUCGAUCAAGACGAGAACAAGGUCUCCAAGAAGUCGACACACCAGUCUCACUGGGACAGAACGGAGAAAAACAGUUCAGAAACCGUGACAAUGAUACCUGAGUUCAAGAACUCACCCUUCGUUGAAGACGGAAAAGAGGACGAGGUUUCCAUCCUAAACUUGUCCAAAAACAACUUAAAUCUCAGCCGAGCCAGCAGCGCGAAGGCAGGAUCUGUUUUGACCACCACAGCGCUCAACACCAGCUUCGCCACAACGCACGAUGACGACAUCUACUCCGAGCUCGCCCUCAGCACGCCCCUCACAGACUUCGACGAGCCGUCUUCCUACAGAACCGCCAGUAUCACGCCAUUGAUGAGCCAGUCCGAGGACCCCACGCCCGCCACAUUGCUCAGUAAACAGUUCGGGCCCAUUAUGGAGGAAUACGAGGGUGGGUUUACACCACGAAGUAUCACUAACGGGGAGUGUGCCCAGACACCACGGAGUGUCACUAACGGUGAUUGUGCCCAGACACCACGGAGUGUCACUAACGGUGACUGUAUUCCCACACCACAAAGUGGCACUAACGAAGAACGUGUUUCCACGCCAAGUUUGACUUUCUUACCUCGAGAGGUGUUGGAGCAUAAUCGUAACGCCGGCUGGAAUGAGUGGAGUAUGUACAAAGGGAAAGUGUACGACAACAUAUCACUAAGGAAUGUGUUCAAGCCUCUUAUAUAUUUGUCCAGAGAGGAAAUGAAAAGGCGUGUUGCGGAAAAAAGAGAAGAAAGGGAAGAACGCAGGAAGUUACAAAAGCAAGAAGAAGACGAGGAGAGCGACGGAGAAGACGAUGAUGUGUCUGUGUAUUCAGAGGAGCUCAUACCGAAGUACGACCUGGAGAGAGAAGAAACCUGGGACAGGAACGGGGUCAAGUUUAUCCUCCUCAACCGUCUUGAGAAGAGUGUGGUCCAAGCCCACUUACCGCAGUGCUGUGUAGGGUCCUUGGAGAGAACAGGAACAGCCCGCUACUGGGCAGACAUCAGGGAAGACGUGAAGAGCGUUCUGAACGAUCUCAUUGGGAAGGAUGCAUGUGUUGACUAUAUGCAUUUACUUCAGCGCUGGAUAAAGAAAUACAGGGACAGCUGUCCCUCUAAAAACCAGUUGGAACAGGGUGACCCAAACUCGCUGUCAUUCCCCUUGCCGGAAGAAAUAGCGGAAGAUCCCGACUCCCUCCGGAAAUGGUUGGAGCUAUGGGAACCGUUCGAGAUGGACAUUCCCGAGGAAGGGGCGUGGGACAUGGCUGAGGUAGAUGAAUUUGAUUUAUCGAACAGUCAUGAGAUAUUUCUUGCAUCGCUCCGAUCCCAUUUUGAACCAAUUCCCUUCGACAUGGACAUAGACGGCGAGGCGGGAUGGGAGGUAAUCUGUGAGAACUUGAUCGCAGAGGACAGGAUGACGGAGAGCCAGCGGCGCGUAGCGGAACUGCGCAGUUUCAGAACAGACUUGCACGAUCCCAAGAGAAUGGAGAGAAGACGACAUAAAAUCUUGUCAUAUUUUGUCAAAAAAUACGAAAUGGAUCAAUCAAAAGUCAACCAUUUCUUAACUUGGGCCGAUGAAAUGGAAAAGGGAGAGAAAAGGUUUCUCGAGCUAUGUAAUUAAUGAGCGACGUCUUGGACACACAUUUUGUAUUUGAAUUAGGGGGAGAUUAUUAUUUUUUCCUAGCCAUACGUCCUACUUUUGUAACCCUAUAUUUUGUGUAAAUUUCAUUUUACCUUUUCUUGUACACAUCUUUUAUUACCGGUUUACAAUGCCUUUUUCGUUAGUAUAAAUACUCGCUUGUUGACAAUGUUAUCUCAAGCAUCGAUAGGCUUUGUCGCUCUCCGCCACUUUCACCCCCCUUUCUUUUCCUUGCUUUUUUUUGGCGGCCGGGGUAGGAAGGGGGGGGGGGGGGUGGCUUCCUCAUAUGAUCUUUACUAUUUAUUUUGAGUUUUACUCAUCCAACUUAAAUUUUCCACCCUGAAAUCCAGCCCUCCGAUCUUCCACCCUGAAGCUUAGCCCACCUCCACACCCCGCCAGUGCACCGGCACAUGGAAGUACAUGUGGUUCAGAGCUUGGUAAUGCCCGAGUGACUGCCAUAUUGGCGGCCAGCGUUGAAGGACGGGGAAGACAGUUCUGAACUCUUGUCUAAAAAUACGUGCUUUAAAAACC